AUGGAACCCACUUUGUUAACCAAAGAGUGUGGAGGUGUUCUUGAACAGUACCAAAUCAAACAUCACAAGUCUUCCCCCUACUACCUGCAAGGCAAUGGCCAGGCAGAGGCUACUAACAAGAGCCUUUUGAAAAUACUCACAAAGAUGGUGACCAACGCCCAUAAGGAUUGGAGUGAAUACCGACCACUUGCUCUUUGGAUUUACAGAACAACCAGACAUGGAACAACCGGAGUAACACCCUUCUCGUUGGUUUAUGGGGUUGAAGCUGUACUGCCAGCAGAGAUUGAAGUACCCACUGCCAGGAUGUUGUUAGAUGAAGCAAGGGAUCGUAAAGCUGAGUUGCAAGAGUUGGACGGAAAAAGAGAAGUUGUGUGA